CUUCUUGUUUUGCUGGAAUAGAAGAAAAAACAGAGAGCAAUCUUCUGAAUUCUUCUUGAAAGAGCCUCUUCAACGACUUUCCUACCAAAGCCUCCUUAAAGCGACAGAUGGCUUUUCUUCAACAAAUCUGCUUGCAUCGAGGGGCUUUCAAUAGUUUCAUGGCAGAGUGUGAAGCCUUGAGGAACAUUCGUCAUCGAAACCUUGUAAAGAUCAUAACUUCUUGCUCGAGCAUUGAUUUUCAAGGCAACGAUUUCAAGGCUCUGGUUUACGAGUUGAUGCCCAAUGGAAGCCUGGAGAAUUGGUUGCAUUCAUCUUCUCAGGAAACAAACAUUGGCCAAAGCAGGGUCCAGAAUCUAAACUUGUUACAGAGGAUAAGUAUUGCUAUUGAUGUUGCCUCUGCUCUUGACUAUCUCCAUCACCAUUGUGUGGAGCCAAUUGUUCAUUGCGAUCUAAAGCCGAGCAAUGUGCUUCUAGACAAUGACAUGAUUGGUCAUGUUGCAGAUUUUGGGCUUGCAAAAUUUAUUUCAGAAUCCAAAAUGUUAAAUCAAACUAGUAGCUCAGUUGGAGUGAGGGGAACAAUUGGGUACACUGCUCCAGAGUAUGGCAUGGGAAGUGAGGUUUCAAUACAUGGGGAUCUAUACAGUUAUGGAAUCCUAGUGUUGGAAAUGAUGACAGGAAAGAGACCCACUGACAAUCUCUUUGAAGGUGGUCUUAACCUUCACACCUAUGCUAGAAUGGCCUUUCCAGAUCAUAUUACGGAGAUUGCAGACAAGCAACUCCUACAAGAAGUUGAAGCAACCAUUGUUAACGGACAGAGGUCACAAAGUAACAUCAUAAUGGAUUGCCUAGUCUCAACGAUCAAGAUUGGUGUGGCAUGUUCCAUGGAGUCACCUCAAGAUCGUACGGUCACCAGUGUUGUUCUCAGCGAGCUGCAUCUUAUCAAGAAGAAUCUUGAAUGUAACCGAGCAAACAACUAGUUGCAGGUCUGGACUUUCAAACUUAUUAAGCUAUGAAUCUCAGUAGAAAGUGUAUUGCUGUGUACUCAAUAGCUGUGAAGCUUUCCUAGUGUGGUUGUAAUUUUCUACUUCUGGGGCUUUUUCUGUGCACUCCUUCGGUUUACGUUCCCUUGCUUUGUUUAGAACCGUGUUGUGUCCCUGUGUUGUCUUAAAAGUGUUGUAUGGUCAUGCAAGAGUGUAAUUU